CGUCCCAGCCGGUGCGACCGGGAACCACCGCCGCGGGUCCCAGGGAUUCAGGRGCGGCUGCUGGAGCCGCCUGUGGGGCCGCGUGUCCGGCUGGCUCCGCCCGGCCCGGCCUGGUGGCUGCCUGCCUGUSCGCACGGAGCCGCCGCCCGGGUGGAACAUCCCGGGGCCUCCGCUGGGAGUUUCCCUGCAAGGGCUUGGCGAGGCGGGACCGCCUGCUUUUGUGCUCGGAAAUUAUUAGUGUAUGAAGCCGCGGCUGAUGCCACGGUGAGAAAUGGAUUCCGAAGCCCUUAAAAAGUACUCGGCAUUGCACCCCAAGCCUGCCGGGCUGACCCUGCACUAUGGCACCGCUGGAUUCCGCACCAAGGCCGAGCAGCUGGACCACGUCGUGUUCCGCAUGGGCCUCCUGGCAGUCCUCAGGUCCAAAGCCGUGACGGCGACAAUUGGCAUCAUGGUCACAGCGUCUCACAACCCUGAAGAAGACAAUGGUGUAAAGCUGGUUGAUCCUCUUGGAGAAAUGCUGCACCCUUCCUGGGAAGAGUAUGCCACACAACUAGCAAAUGCAGAGGAACAAGAAUUACAGAAGGUGAUAACUGAGAUCUGCCAAAAAGCAGCAGUGAACCUGCACAAAGAUGCCUUGGUUUUUAUUGGUAGAGACACCAGACCAAGCAGCAAGAAGCUCUCCCAGUCAGUAAUAGAUGGUAUCCAGGUCCUAGGUGGUCAGUACCAUGAUUAUGGUCUGGUGACAACCCCACAGCUCCAUUACAUGGUCUGCUGUCAAAACACCCAAGGGCAGUACGGGAAAGCAACACUGGAAGGUUAUUAUGAAAAACUAUCCAAAGCCUUUAUGGAACUGAUAAAACAGUCUCACAGCUCUGGAGAGAGUCAGAGGCACCUGAAGAUUGACUGUGCCAAUGGAAUAGGAGCCCUGAAACUGUCAGAAAUGAAGCCCUACUUUCCUCAAGAGGUGCUAAUUCACAUACAUAAUGAUGGAACCAAGGAGAAACUCAAUCACUUAUGUGGUGCAGAUUUUGUGAAAGUUCACCAGAAACCACCRGGAGGGCUGGACAUGAAGCCCAAUGAGAGAUGCUGCUCRUUUGAUGGUGAUGCAGACAGAAUUGUUUAUUAUUACAAGGACACARCUGGACAUUUUCACCUGAUUGAUGGAGAUAAAAUAGCAACUUUAAUUAGUAUCUUCCUGAAAGAACUUCUUGCCAAGGUGAAACAGAACUUCAACAUGGCAGUGGUACAAACAGCAUAUGCCAAUGGGAAUUCAACACGCUACCUCCAGGAAACACUGAAGGUACCGGUGCACUGUGUCAAAACAGGAGUGAAACACUUGCACCACAAGGCCCAGGAGUUUGAUGUGGGUGUUUAUUUUGAGGCAAACGGACAUGGCACAGUAUUAUUUAGUAAAGCUGCCGAAACUAAAAUACGACAACUGGUAAAAGAGGAGAAGGAUGAUGAAAAAAGAGAAGCAGCAAAGAUGCUUGCAAACAUGAUUGACCUGAUUAAUCAGACUGUCGGCGAUGCUGUCUCAGACAUGCUGGUUAUUGAAGCAAUCCUGGCUCUGAAGGGUCUGACUGUGCAGCAGUGGGACUCUCUCUACACCGACCUUCCCAACCGGCUGCUCAAGGUUCAGGUUGCAGACAGGCGUGUCAUUGACACAACGGAUGCAGAAAGGCGAGUGCUGACACCCCCAGGCCUACAGGAGAAAAUCGAUGCCCUUGUAAAGAAGUACAAACUGUCACGAGCGUUUGUCCGUCCAUCAGGAACAGAGGAUGUUGUCAGAAUCUACGCUGAAGCAGACACACAGGGGGAAUUUCAAAGGAAAGAAUUUCAGGAACCCCACAAGCAAAGGCAGCAGUCACAUACCAGAUGCUCACCAGCAACAGCACACUGCUGUAACCCUGCUCAGGGCUGCCUUAAACAUCUGCAUUCUGAAAUACCCGAGCACCAAGAUCCAGGUUCUCAUGGUUCUUCCCUCACUUCCUUUGUCUCUGAGUCAAAAACCAUACUCAAAUCUAGACAAUAAGGUACUUUCACCACUAGAAACACCUUGUUUGUACUGUUACUGACAAACCAGUACAGAGAACUACCAUGAAGUAGAAUUCCAGCAAUACUGGAUUUCAUUCUGCAAGGAAGAAGAAAAGAAGCACUAAGACCUCACCAAGAAGAACCACCUGUGGAUCCACCCCUGAAUAGCACCUCUGUCCCAGUGCCCUGGCUGAGGCRGGGGGUCCACUUGGUAAUGAAAGGAGAGUGAAGGGGAAAGGACAGCAGUGGGAGCAGAGCAUAAGRUAAGGAUCAUUGAUUGUGCAGCCUUUGAGCAAAUAGAUUUUUUUCAAGACAUGAUACUUAAACAAAUCCAGUUUUUACCCUUUAAAUGAUGCAAUUGUCCUCCAAUUGAGGAGCCUGCAGGGCACCUAUUUUACAAACCCCAAUUAGGUUUUAAUUCAAUAUAAAUGUAUCUUAGUAUUUUAAUCCAGUGGCUUGGCUCCCUGCCACAGGAGAUCACUAUUUUAGCUUUACAAAUCUGAAAAGGAAGGCUCACAGCAAAGGGAAGACUGAAUUUCCAACACAGAAGGAAUUGCUGAUGCCUCCUUUAAAUAAGGCUACUAAUUUUUAGAGUUUCUACUUAAAAAACUUCUCAUUGGAUUCACUGAGAAGUUUCUUCCAUACUGUGUGAUGCUUAACAUUGCUCAGUGGUGAGCAGGGAGUGCCCCCAGGACACAGCAAGUAUCAGUGUCACACAGCAGCCAACCAAAUGGGUGCAUGUGCAAAUUCCAGCUCUGAACAAUGAAAUGCAACUCGUCCAAGCCAUUUCCUCAUGGCAGCAUUAGCUAAGCAAAUACCACUAAUUCCCCAGGUGCUCAAAACAACAGUUAAUUACAUGGAUACCAAACAGGGACUGUGUUUCACACCAGCAGUUUGACAAAAAUUAUUUUACCAUUUAAUUUUAUMAUGAUUUGCAAUCAUAAUUCUUCCUAGAACCAACAUUAGCUUUUUGUAACCUAUUUCAUGUAGGAAACCAGCUUAAAAAAGRUUUCCUUUAUUUUUAUUACAGUUACCUAUCAAAAUAAGGUCCUUACAGACCUCAAAAAUCUCUCAGCUUUGUUCUAUAACAAAUCUGACCUCUCUCAAUUCUUACUGAAUGCUAAAUUGUACCCAGAGCCUUGAGGUGAUGUUAUUAUUAUGGCAGGCUUGUUUCACAACUCAAGCAUCAAAGGCCACCCUCACCUGAUGC